AUGAUAUAUAGCAAAAAAUUAUUUAAGGUCUAUAUUGAGUUAGCUCUAAGCUCAUCUUCUUCUGACUGUGAUAAGCUGGAAGCAACAAUAUAUAGCACUGAUGGCACUAAUCAUGCAUAUGACUCAGUAUCAAUAACUAGUUCAAGCUAUAUUGGAAACUGGUUCUUUUUUGCUAUCACUCUUAACUCUGGCUCUAAAUUAUUGACCCUUUAUAGCCAAAACGGCAUUAAUCCACCGUCAUCACUUUUUCCGCUAAUUUCAUCAUCUGUUACUUACACUUAUGCGGCUUUACCAUUUAAUCAUAUUUAUAUGGAUAUAUAUAUCGGUGGUUUUAACGAUACAAUUUCCCCUGGAGACUAUGCAGAUUUUCGAUUUUACACUAAUAAUUUUAUAGAUACAACUUUAUUGCAGUAUAAUAACAAUAUAUAUAGCGCAGCUACUUAUCUUGAUCCUCAUUGCUUAUUGUGGGCAUCAAUAUGAUAUUGUGAUAUGUGCGAAACUGGGUAUUUUCUUAAAAAUGGGAUCUGUCAAAGUAAUUAAUAAAUAGAAUGCCAUUAUUCAUGCGCAGCAUGCAGCUCUGGUGAUACAGAAGCUAAUUGUUUAAGCUGUGCAAGUGGAUAUUUUGCUCAGCCAGGCGCGUAUUUUAUGUGCUUUAAUUAUUGCCCAUAUGGUUAUGAAUAUGAUUAUUCUUUUAAUCAAUGUUCGGGUACUCCAGGAUUAAUUGCAAGCAUAAAUUUUGAUGAUAAUUUAUCAGGAAAAAUUGAAAUUCCUGGAAUAAAAGUGCAAUUUGGAAUGGAAGGAAAUGAUUAUUACCCAAAUUUCUAUUUUUUAGAUCCUUAUCCUGCUAAAAAAUAAAAUGGUGACGUUGACAGAAAUUGGAGUACACCUCCUGAUGGAGUGGUGAACAGGCGCGAUGGGAUAGCGAAAUAUACUCCUUGCGAGUGAAGUAGACCAUCUCAAUGGGAGCCUGCCGAAACAGAGUGCAUUCUUUCUCUGCCAAAGGUUUUCCUAUUCUCUAGACAGGCUUUUCCUACCACAUGAUCCUUAUCUGUCGGCACCUACGGGGCACUUUACAGAUUGUAGCUCUGCCUAGAGAGUUAACUCCUUAAACAGAUAAUUCAGGUCGGAAAUUUAAGAUGGUGGGCCUUCCAUUUUCCUUGUUUGAAUUCUGAGGUUUAUGGAGUUUCAAGGUACGACAAAGGCUAGUGGGUAUCCGCUUAUAACCAGUUUCAACAAUUAAUUUAUUUAUCCAGCUAAUAAAAGGGGUUUAUAUUUUGAUGGUUCGAGACAUGUAGCUAUAGAAGAAAUUUUUCGAUCUGGAGAGCUUGCAAGUAUUGAGUUUACAAUAGAAAUAUGAGCUAUGCCUCUUUUAACUCUAUAUAAGAAUUAUCUUUUCUCAGCAUCUACUGUUAUACCAAGCUAUCAAUUUAGCAAAAAUCUCUUAACUUAUGAAAAUAUGAAAAUUUAUUUUUUAGAUUUUUUUACAGAACCUGACAUGCUUAAAUUUACUAUAAAAACUAAAGAAAAUGAUUCAGUGAAAACAGCUAUGACACUUACUGAUAAUAUUAUAAAAGAAUGGAAAUUUUAUUCAGUUUCUCUAUCUUUUAAUAGUUUAUCCAAAACAAGCCAAGUCCUUCUGCUAAACCCUUUGUGUAUAAAAACUUUUAGUAUAAAUAUAUAAAAAAAAUAUAAUGGCAUUUUUAUAUUGUGACUAUAAAUAAAAUUUUACAUAAUAUAAUCAAUAAAGAGAACACAAUAAAGCAAUUAAUUUUAAUUUAAGCAGAAGUAAGAAAUACAAAUUAUUAUACAGAAACUAUUUCAAGCUAUUAUAAAGAACCGCCUAGCAUAGGUUACAGAGUUGGGAAUGGAAAUUCUGAAGUCUGUGCAUUUAAUGGAUAUAUAUAUAGCUUUGAAAUGUAUAACUAUGGGAAAAGCUAUAGUGAAAUUAUACAAAGGUUAGGCACUUGCAGCUCUUGUUCUGCUUGCCCAGCAGUCUUAAAUUCUUGCUUGCCUAUUUGUGAUAAAGAUGAAUAUGUAGAUGAGAAUGGAGCCUGCCAAAAAUGUUCAAGUAAAUGCUCAUGAAUAUGCUCAAGAGCUGAUACUUGUAAUCUCUGCUAUGAUGAUUUAUGCUAUAAAUGCACUAAAUAUGAAAUUGGAGCUUGCACACAAUGCGUUGCCCAUGCUGUCUUAACAGAUGGAAAAUGCAAAUGCCAAAGAGGAUAUGUUAAUCAGGAUAAUGAAUGUGUAAACACUUGUGGAGAUGGACACUAUAUUGAUUUAAAGACUGAAAAAUGCCUUAGAUGUCCUGAUAAUUGUCUUAAAUGCAAUGAUGGAGAUUCUUGCAUUAUAUGCAAAAGUAGCUUUACUCUAAAAAAUCGAAAUUGCAGUUGCCCAGAUGGUUAUUUUAUUGGCUCUUCUAAUAAAUGCUUAAAAUGUGACAAUUCGUGUUUGACUUGCUCUGAAAAUUCUUCAAAUUGUACUUCCUGCACAUCAAAUUUGCCCGUUCUUUAUGAAUCAAAUAAAUGUUACCCUUGCGACUCAUUUGAAGGUUAUUCCACUUAUUUUGCUAUUUCUAUAUCAUAUUUUACUGAUGAUUUAUUUAGUAAAUUAUCUUCAAAUUGUAUUGAAGUUUGUGGAGAUGGAAGAAAUAUGGGACAAUCUCAAUGUGAUGAUGGAAAUAAUCGUAAUGGAGAUGGCUGCUCUUCUAGUUGUGCAGUAGAAAUUGGAUGGUCUUGCUUUGGAGGAAGUGCAAACUCUCCUGACGUAUGUAAGGAUAUAACCCCGCCUACACCAGUUCUAGCAUAUCUAAGUGAAAAUAGUUCAGGCUACCUUCUUACAUUAACAUUUAGUGAAGCCGUUAAUUUUGGGACUGAAGUUUCAAAAAACAUCAAAAUAGAAAUAAAAAACACUUUAAAAUUCAAUUGGUCGAUAUCUGAAAAAAAUUCUUUAUAUAUUAUCACUUUAAAUAUGCACGAAAGUGUGUCUGCAGGAACUAGUGUAAAGGUGACAUUUAAAAAUCCAAGCUCUAUAGUUGAUAUGAAUGGAAAUGAAAUGAAAGAAAGCUCAGCAUCCACCAAUUUGCUUGAAUCUUUUGUUUAUAUAACUGGGGAAGCUAUCAAAUCUUCAGUUACAACAGCAACAACAGUGACUGCUGCUAGUUCUGCUAUAGGAUCUUUGUCAGUAGGAUUUCUUAUGGGGUCUUUUAAUUUUCAAGCUUUGUGGAGUAUGGUCGAAAUAAUGCAAAUCCAAAAUUAUUUGAUAUUUUUAUCCCCAAAAUAUCCUGAUAACCUUAUAUCAUAUUUAGAAGCACUUGGUAUCGCAAAUGGGAAUUUUUUGCCAAAUCCUUUCCAGCUUUAUUUAGUGAAAAAUGACCCAUUUUCUGAUCCUCCACAAAAAUUUGUAGAUCAAAAUUUUAAUACUGAUUUUAUUAUGAACUCUGGCCAAUUUAUAUUAGUUUGGGUUCUAAUUUUACUUGGAUUUCUCAUAGCUUUGGUUUUAUAUAAGUAUUGGCCUAGAUUUUCAAUUAUCAGAAAUCUUAAAAACUCAUAUUCAUUUUCAGUCUUACUCAGAACUGGUAUUGAAUCAUUUUUAGAAAUCACCCUUUCAGUUCUACUUCAACUCACUUCCCCCUCCUUGAGCGCACACAAAAUUUUUCUCGUUUACAGAAGGGUUAUUUUUUAAAAAAAUUCAUAUAUAAAUAUUUGUUUCGAAUUAUUAAAAAUUGAAAAAUUCAUAAAUUGAGAGCAAAUAAAAAUUAAAUUGUAAAAUUUAUGUUCUAAAAUGCAAGCUGUUUAAAUUAAACAGGAGAUUUUAUUAUAAUAAUUAUUAUCUUAUAUAUCAAAAACAAUUUUUGAUUGCUAACGGAGAUAUUUUUUACUCAAAAAUAGAGAUUUUUCCAAUGUCCUUUUUCGCUCACAGAGUUGGGAUUAAGAGAAUUUUCCCAUCCAAGCCAAGAUAUAGGAUAUAUUUCAUUGGCUUUGAGUAUUUUAACACUUGUUUAUCUUGUCUUAACAUUUGCACUUAUAUUUUGGCAGGUUACUUUAAAAUCCGAACAAACACUCAAUAUGAAAAUGCACGAACGGCAAUUUGGAUCUCUAUAUGAAGGAUUCAAAAGAGACUCUAAGCUUUCAGCAUCUUUUCUUUUAUUCCAAAACUCACGAAGGGUUCUUUUUGUGGCUUUUUGUGUAUUUUUGUGCGAUUGUGCAACUGCUCAGAUGGUACUUUCAGUCACAUUAUCAUUUAUAUAUACAAUUUCUUUAAUUUUACUAAAACCAUUUAAAAGCUUGUACUUGGGAAAUUGGUUGCAUAUAUCAUGCGAAAUAUUUUAUUUUAUUUCACAUUUCUUGAUAUUGAAGUUAUUAGAUGAUAAAAUAUCGGAUGAUUACCGAGAAAAUCUUGGCUGAGCUAUAAUAUCACUCUUGGGUAUGUCAUUGCUGCUUCAUAUUAUAUCAAUCUUAAUAGUCCAAACACUAAACUCGAUAAAAGGAAUAAAGCAAUUUAACAGCUGAUUCAUGAAAAAUUUUGCAAAUAAAUUUGCCAAAAUCAGAAAAAGGGUCAUUUUAUUAAAUAAAAUAAAAUCUGAUGAACCAACAAAUAGUGCAGAAGAUAUAAGUGAAAGCAUGGCUUAUUUUGAAGGAAAACCACCUGAAAAGUCAAAUGAAGAGAGUAUAUGUAGACUUAGAAGCACAGGUGUGAAGACGAGUGAUACUCUUUUUAUUAACACUCAUCAAAAUCAAUUUGAAAUCACAGAGAUGGAAUCCUAA